AAGAAGGUACGAUACAUAAGCAGUAUAGAGGGCCAUUUCUCUAUGUUUGUGCUGGAUAUUUACUGGACUGAAGGUUAAAGAACUUUAAAGCUCGACCACCAAGAGGAAAAAUGUCUUGUGUUCUUGGGGUACUCGCGUUCCUUUCAGGUGUUGCAUUAUCUUUUAGCCAGACAACAAAUUCUGCCUAUGUGUCUGUGAAUACAGCUACAUUUAUGGACCAGUUUGCUGACUGUCCAAGUUCAUAUGCUGGGUACUGUCAUCAUGGGACUUGUAGAUUUAUAGUUCUGGAGGCUACUGUCUCUUGUAUUUGUCCAAGUGGCUUUAUUGGAAGCCAGUGCCAGUAUGUGAAUCUACUGUCUGUUUUUUCUGAGGAUCCUGACACACUGACAAGCAUGAGGCUGGCAGCGAUAACUGUGGUUGCCAUGGCUUUGAUCUUUGCAACCUGUGCCUGUGUCUAUGCUUGCAGAAGAGAAAUUAUGCAUAGAAUUUCUUUGAAAGAUGCACACCGAACUCCAGAACAUGAACGUCUUCAAGUAUGAGCUGAGCUUACCUUCACCAUACAAGUUGAAUGUUCCAAUACAUAUUUUAAGUGUUUUUAAUGUUCUAAGUGUUUACAACAGGCUUGCCCCUAUUAACUGGAAUAUGUUCACAGCUUUUUCAGAGCUGUCAGUUUAGAAAUGGUUUACUUUUACCAGCUGUUGUACAAAUGUUUGUCAAGCUAAUAACAAAUGGGGAUUGAAGCACUUGACAAAUGUUCUGUGAGUGGGUUACAAGCUUCCAAUGUGUUACUGUUGUCUAGACUAAACCUUUUUUAAUUUAAACUUUUUUAAAUAAAAUUUUAUAUUUUUACAA